UUUAUAAUUCUCCGUGCGUCUUGCGCUUGCCGCUCUACACACGUAAACAUCAUGAGUGGCACGAGGUUGGACCGUCUCGUAACCCUGCUCGAGACCGGCAGCACCGCUCUGAUUCGAAACACGGCUGCUGACCAGCUUGCCGAUGUCCAAAAGCAACAUCCCGAGGAUCUGUUCAAUCUUCUCACUCGUGUCAUCCCCUAUCUUCGUUCCAAGAGUUGGGAAACCCGAGUUGCAGCUGCCAAGGCCGUGGGAGGUAUCGUUGCUAAUGCCGAAAAGUUCGACCCCAACGAUGAAGACGAACCAGUCAAAUCCGAGGUGAAACCCGAGGCCAACGGUCACCCAAAGUCCGAAGAGAGCAAUGGUGCUUCCAAAGAGGAAGACGAUGAUGCUGUCAAAGAAGAGAAUGGUCACGACAAUAGUGAUCUCCUGGACCUUGACACGCUCGACCUUGGAUCCAUCCUGAAAUAUGGCCGGCAACUCCUUGGUAGCGCUGGGAAAGAGUAUGAUUACAAGCUCGCUGCCAUGGACCCUACCGCGCGGUUAGCCCAUCAGAAGAAGAGCCUGUCUGCACGGCUGGGUCUAGGCGGCGAAUAUAUAGAGGACGAUCUCGUGGCAGACCAAGAUCUCGUGGCGCAAACGCCGGGCGCGAAAACUCCCGCAAUACCACGCAUUGACACGACUGUAUCGAGGUCAGACAGUAUCGCUUCUGCUUCGAAUGCCUCCCCUCCCCCAGGCACCACUCCCAUUGGCGACCAACCUUCGCUGAGCAAACGCCAGCUCAACGCAUUGAAGCGCAAAGCGAAGAAAGACCUUGCCGGCAAAGCUACCAAAGUGCAGAUUGUAGAUCUAGGGCCAGCUCCUCGUAAGAGUUCAUCGCAUGAGGUACCACCACAGACACCCGCUCCCCAUCCUAUUAAACAGGAGCCCAAGGAAGAGAAUGGGGAAGAAGGCGUUGGCGACUACUUCUCGUUGGACCGACAAGGAGGCGACGACGCGCAGAAAUUCGUAAAAGAAUUCAAGGGUCAACCGGCGCCAGACAAAUCUUCCUUCCAAAACGAAGAGGAAGAGGAGGGCCUGGAAUGGCCCUUUGAGCGCGUAUGCGACUACCUGAGCGUCGAGAUGUUCGAUCAUGCUUGGGAAGUCCGACACGGCGCUGCCAUGGGUCUUCGUGAGAUACUUCGUGUGCAUGGCGCAGGCGCAGGACGACAAAAAGGCCACACUCGUGAUCAUAAUGACAGGCUCAACCAGAGAUGGCUCAACGACAUAGCAUGCCGCAUUUGCUGCGUGUUCAUGCUAGAUCGCUUCGCGGACUACACGUCCGAUAAUGCAGUGGCACCAAUUCGAGAGACAGCCGGUCAAACGCUUGGAGCUCUGUUGCAACAUCUAUCCAAGGAAAGUGUACUGGCAACGUUCAAUGUCCUGCAGCGCUUAGUAAUGCAGCACGACGGCACGGCGAGCCAUUGGCAAGUGUGCCAAGGUGGUAUGAUAGGCAUGCGUUAUCUCGUCGCUGUACGGAACGACCUUCUCAUCGCAGACGGCUCUUUAAUGGAUGGCGUCUUGGCUGUCGUUAUCAAGGGCCUAGGUCAUUUGGACGACGAUGUUCGUGCAAUAAGCGCAGCAACUCUCAUUCCCGUAGCGAAAGAGUUUGUCGAAAUGCGCCCCGAGCGCCUCCAAGAGCUCAUGAACCAGGUCUGGUCAUGCUUGUAUAGCUUGCAGGACGACCUUAGUGCCAGUACUGGAUACAUCAUGGACCUCUUGGCUAAGCUGUGCAGCUUUCCCCAAGUGCUGGCAGCCAUGCAGCUCAACGCCCAAACCGAUGAAUCGCAGUCCUUCCAUGAGCUGGUUCCGCGGUUGUUUCCCUUCCUGCGCCAUACAAUCACAAGUGUUCGCGCUGCUGUUCUCCGAGCUUUGCUUACAUUCCUCAACAUCGAAGAUACCGCCACUGACGGAUGGAUCGACAGCAAGGCCCUGCAAUUGAUAUUCCAAAACAUUCUACUCGAACGUAACGAUAAUGUUCUCAAGCUUUCACUCCAGCUGUGGAACGCCGUUGUCGAUAGUCUCGGUAGUGACAGGCUUCAUACUCAACUGGAACCUGUUCUCAGCUCGAUAGUCUCGCUCGCUCUCACACCCAUUGGCGUAUCAAGGCACCCAAUCACUAUGGAUAUGUCCCUGCUAAUUCGGCCAUCUGGCCAAGUGUUCGGCCCUCCCCCUAGCCAGCAACCUGUCCGCCGCUCGUCACCCCCAGCAAACGGAGAACAGACUGCUAAGCGACGUAAGAAGUCACGCGUAGGCAAGGAGGAGACUCCAACAGUUUCCUCAUCAUCUCAUACUCAUAAUGUAGAUGGUCCCAUGAUCAGUGGUGACCUUGAGCUUGUCGGAUCUGAGGUUAUGAUUCGCUCCAGGACUUCAGCAGCGCGGGCGCUUGGAAAAGCCAUGGCGCUUUGGCCCGAGGACUUGAGAGUGGAGGCCUUCAAAUCUAAGCUGCUACCAGCUCUCUCAUCGUCCAACUCUACGACCCAACUGACAACCGCAAUGAUCGUCGAAGAGUUCGGAAAGUCGCUUGAGAAUAAAGAUGCCUUGGCUGGUAUGUUUGCGACAGCAUUGGUUCCGGUUGUGGAAACGGAGAGGCCAACUGCAUACGAGGAUCUCGUUCCAAAGUUGCAGAUUGUGCGAACCCAGUGCACGGCCUUGCUCAACAUAUUCAGGGAUGGCCAUGUCACCAAUCUCCCCAACAUUGCUGUCGUUGUACAGGGGGAUCCUUCUGCUAGCCAAUACGCGUUUGGUGUGGCGGAUGCUGAGAGGAUCUUGACCACUCAAUAUGAGAAGAUGAAGAAGUCAAUGACCCCAGCCGCGCGCAUGGUCGCACAAUCCAACCUGGAUAACACCAAGAAAGAGGUGGAAACAACACUGCGUGAGGCCAGGGAGAUCAAAGAGGAGCGUGAUGUCCGGAUCAAGGCUGCCGCAGCAGGCGCACUCAUCGCAUUGAAAUCUCCUCCUAAAAAGAUUCCACUUUCAAUCAAGGCAGUCAUGGAUAGCAUCAAACAAGAGGAAAACUUGGAGCUGCAGAAACGUUCUGCUGCCGCAGUAGCCGGAUAUAUUGAGCACCUUGUCGCAAACAACAGAAACGGCGUCGUCAACAAGGUUGUCGGCAAUCUUGUCAAGUUUUACUGCAUGGAGACCGCAGAGACGCCCGAGUUCCGUCCGGAUGUCGAGACUGGCAUUCUUACCCUUAAGAAGGACGAAGAUAUCAGGGACCACCCGGAUGCGGCCAAGUUCGCCCUCGAAUCUAAAACAGCGCGAAUCACUAGGCGUGGCGCCAAAGAAGGCCUCGAACAGACGGUCCAGAAGUUUGGGGCUCAGAUUUUCGAAAAGGUGCCUAUUUUGAGAGAGCUGAUUGAGCGACCGAUACGCAAAGCCUUCACCAAUGAGACGUUGCCCCCAGAGAUUGAUAACGAUGAUCAUGUCUUCGGCCAAGAAGUAGUGGAUGCUCUCUCUACGCUUCGAGCACUCGUCGGCAGUUUCCACCCUGAUGUGCGCAGUUUCGUUCAAGACCUGCUUCCGCUGGUCGCGAGUGCACUCCAAUCAAGAUUAUAUGUGCUUCGUUACGCAGCAGCAAAGUGCUUUGCCACGAUCUGCAGUGUCAUGUCUGUAGAAGGCAUCACGAUGCUUGUCGAGAACGUAGUUCCUUCUAUCGGUAAUUCUGGCAAUGUUCACGCUCGACAAGGUGCGAUCGAAUGCAUCUACCAUUUGAUACAUGUCAUGGAGGACAGCAUCCUUCCUUAUGUUAUUUUCCUGAUCACCCCAGUUCUUGGUAGGAUGAGUGAUUCUGACCAUGACGUGCGCCUGCUCGCCACGACGAGUUUUGCUACCCUAGUUAAACUUGUACCCCUCGAAGCUGGUAUUCCUGACCCGCCUGGACUACCGGAAUCUUUGCUUCAAGGAAGGGAGAAGGAAAGAAAAUUCGUCGCCCAAAUGCUGGAUGCCAAGAAGGUUGAGCCCUUCGAGAUCCCUGUUGGUAUCAAAGCCACACUUCGCUCUUACCAACAAGACGGUGUCAACUGGCUGGCGUUUCUCAACCGCUACAAUCUUCACGGUAUCCUCUGCGAUGACAUGGGACUUGGAAAAACCUUACAGACUCUCUGCAUGGUGGCGAGUGAUCAUCACAUGCGCGCAGAAGAGUUCGCUAAAUCUGAGGAUCCGAACUGCCGUCGUCUACCUUCACUCAUUGUAUGCCCACCAACAUUGUCUGGGCACUGGCAGCAGGAGAUUCGACAGUAUGCGCCAUUCCUUUCUUGUGUUGCUUACGUCGGCGCUCCCGCAAUUCGUUCGCAACACCGUGAGCAGCUCGACAAGGUGGAUAUCGUGAUCACUUCUUAUGACAUUUGCCGUAAUGAUAACGACCUUCUCAAACCACUCAAUUGGAAUUACGUUGUGCUCGAUGAGGGCCAUCUGAUCAAGAAUUCCAAGUCAAAAACCAGCCAGGCCGUCAAGAAUUUCCAGUCAAACCACCGUCUCAUUCUCUCUGGUACGCCUAUUCAAAACAACGUGCUUGAACUGUGGUCCCUCUUCGAUUUCCUCAUGCCUGGCUUCCUCGGUUCGGAGAAGGUCUUCCAAGAACGCUUCGCCAAACCGAUUGCUGCAUCGCGGUUUGCUAAAUCAUCAUCCAAAGAGCAAGAACGCGGUGCGUUGGCGAUCGAGGCCCUACAUAAGCAGGUCCUCCCUUUCCUUCUCCGGCGUCUCAAAGAAGAAGUGCUCGACGAUCUACCACCUAAGAUCAUCCAGAACUACUACUGCGAUCUCUCUGACUUGCAGCGCAAACUCUUCGAGGACUUCACCAAGAAAGAAGGCACGGAGAUUCAAAACAAGGCUGGAAGUGCGGAUCGCGAAGCCAAGCAGCACAUUUUCCAAGCCCUCCAAUACAUGAAGAAACUCUGCAAUUCUCCAUCUAUGGUUAUCAAGCCCAACCACAAGCAAUAUGAUGCCACGCAGUCGUACUUGAAGAAGAACAAUACGUCGCUUGAGGACAUUGCACAUGCGCCUAAGCUCAAUGCACUCAAAGACCUUCUAGUAGAUUGCGGUAUCGGCGCUACAGACAUGGAACCAACCAAGGCAGGCGCAAAUGGCGAUCUGCCUGAAGCCGUCUCUCAACAUCGUGCUCUCGUCUUUUGCCAGAUGAAGGAGAUGCUGGAUAUGGUUCAGUCUCAAGUCCUAGAGAAGCUGUUGCCCAGUGUACAAUUCAUGCGCCUCGAUGGAGGUGUUGAUGCAACGAAGCGACAGGAUAUCGUGAACAAGUUCAAUUCGGAUCCUUCCUACGAUGUUUUGCUGCUCACAACUUCUGUUGGUGGUCUUGGCCUUAACCUCACAGGAGCCGACACGGUCAUCUUCGUCGAACACGAUUGGAACCCGCAAAAGGAUAUACAAGCAAUGGACCGCGCGCAUCGCAUUGGCCAAAAGAAGGUCGUUAACGUGUACCGAAUCGUCACUCGUGGUACCCUUGAAGAGAAGAUUCUGAACCUCCAACGAUUCAAGAUCGAUGUCGCUUCGACGGUGGUCAACCAACAAAAUGCAGGCCUCGGCUCUAUGCAAACAGAUCAAAUUCUCGACCUCUUCAAUGUCUCAGCCGAUAGCGCCGAGCCUGGUGCAUUACCUCCGCCGCCUACCAAUGCAAACGGUGAGGGCGGCUCGGGCAUUAGCGAGAACGAUGCGGUGGAUGCGGAAGGCAAUCUGCGAGAGAAGGGCAAAAAGGGCUUCCUAGACGAGUUGGGCGAUUUGUGGGACGAGAAUCAGUACGAAGAGGAAUUCAAUCUGGAUGGUUUCUUGGGCAAGAUGAAAGGUUGA